UGUAAAAGAGAGAAUGAGUGCUGCUCAGAAGGUAAUUUCAAAUCAAUCUAAGCAUUCUGAUGAGCGAGAGAGGAGCGAACAGGCACAACCAAUUGAUUUGGUUCAGAGAGUGUCUACAACAUCAUUAAAUCUAAUUCAGUCACCUUUGCAAAGAGAAGUUUCUCUUCAUCCUGCUGUCUCACAGCCUCUGAGAUCUCAUCUUGAUCAAUCAAAAUUAUCAUUCAUGAAUUUGAAUGUGCGGAUUCCAACAGCUUCUCCAAGAGUACCAGUACCAGUUGUUGGAAGUUUGACUAUGUCCGUUACAUCUUCACAGGCUAUGGCAACUAAAAAUGGAUCCCCAGCAGUGGUUGGCUUGCAAGCAAUUCCUGUAGGUGGAACCACCAGUCGCCACAGUAUCACUACCAAUAUUCAAGCUGUAGGAGGAAGCUUACCAAUGGCAUCAAUAAUACGUGCACCUCAAACUUUGGUGGGUCAUGUAGCCCAUAAUUUUAACCAUCCAUAUUCCUCACAUGUACCCAGAGGUGCUGCAGCUGUUGCAAGCAUAAGUGCAGCCCCAAAAUCAGCUGUGGCCACACCAAUUCUUCGACCACAUAGUAACACAUCAACUUCUGUUCUAUCCUCAACCACCCUGUCCAGCCACCCUCAACCCCAAAUCAUUGCACGGACACCUUUAUUACGUCCAAGUAGGACACCACCACCUCCAACAUCAAAGACAGCAUCUCCAGCUCCAAUAACCAUUACACAUGUAAUUGAUUUUAAAAAUGCUCAAAAAACAUUAAAGUCAAUUAUGGGUUUCAAAUUUCUAAAACUAACUAAAAAUGAGGAGGUUGAUAUAAAUUGCUUAUCUAGCACUGACUUUGACACCCUUUUACUUUCUACCAAGAUUCCUGAGAAAGGGUUUGCAAAGACUCAGGCUUCAUCUGUUACCACAAUAAACAGCACAUUUGCUCAACCUUUGUCCAGUCAGCGUCCUGUUGCUGUACCUCAAGGAACAGUGGUGAUGCGUGCAAUGACAUCAUCAGCAGCCCACAUCUCUCAGCAGCAUCAUCCACCAGCUUCAGCAAGUCACCAAUCAGUAACUGUGCCUUCAACAACAGUUGUCUCUAUAGCUUCAUUACCGUCUGUUGCAUAUGCAGGAAACUAUAAUCCCAUUCAUAAGCAAACUCUGUACCCUCCGUCCUUACAAGCUGUCCCCCACACACCUAAUAAAUCAUCAUCAGUUGGUUUAACAGUGGUUUCAACAAAAGGUGCAUCUCAAGUAGUACAAACAGUUUCUCCUCAUCUAACUCAAAGUGCAACUUCAACUUUGGGGAGAAUAGUGUUAACAACCACUGUUGCAACUUCUUCAAAUGGUGUACGCCUGACCACAUCUAAUGCACCACCAGUACAUGGUAGUGUCUCUGAUACAUCUGUGCAACAAGUAUCUGCCAUCCCAUUGGAUAAAGUACACACAAAAGUUUACCCACAGCUGUCAAGUAGUUCCCGAACAGGUAUUGAAGGUCUUCCAAAUUAUGGAAAUGAAAUUACCUCUCAGACCAAUAGGAUAAAUACAGUAAAUCCAACAUCAACCAAGAGUGGCACCACUCCACGUUCUUUGUCAGGGUCAUCAAAUCAUUCUUCGUCCUUCGAAGCGAAAACUGAGAGCAAUACUUGUGCAGCAACACGAUUAGCUUCAGUGCCACAGCUUGGCUUUCCAGGAGGUGCACAGUAUGCUGUUCCAGCAACAGCGUAUUACUAUGAAUCUUAUCCUGUUCAUAGUGGUGUCACAAUGCAUCAUUUUAGUGGUUCUUCAGGAACAUCAAGUUAUGCUGCCAAUGUGGUCUCAUCAUCUGGUCAAAGACCUGGAAUAUUGUCACAACAUGUCACUACAAAUACAGUCAACCAGGGUUCUCCGCACAAUUUUGCUACAAGAGGUUCUUCAGGUCCUCCUGUUAGAUCCUUAAGUUCUGUCAUGGUAAACAUUGAUUCCUCAUGCCAUCAUGUGGCCUUUCGUCCGUUGUUCACAUCAG